AUGCUCGAAAGCCAACAGGCACAACUCGUCGCCGGACUACAGGAGCUAUACAAACGGGUCCAGAACGGCCAAGGCUGGACUGGGCCCGCGCUCAAGGAGACAAGUAAUGGCACACCCCUGACUCACGACAUCCUGGAGAGACUAGGAGCCUUGAAACAAGACGGCAACACCACCACCCACGACACCUUCGAAGAGGACCUCAACACGUUACAACAGAGACUCAUCGCCGACGGCGCCGGCUUCAUGCAACGGCAACCGUCGCACGACUCGCACACGCACAGCGACAGCAGUGCGCCGUCGCCCAUAUACGAACCUGUGGCUCAUCGACCGACGUCGACGACGACGACAACAACCUUCAGCAACCCGUUCAACCUCAACCAGUUACCUCCGACGCCCCCCAACCAGAGUCCGUAUCCUCAGACGGCGCGAGCGGUGCAGCUGCCCACUAAGUCCCAAACGUACCCGCACGCCACCAACAUCCACUCGAACCUGAGCUGGGCGACGCCCGUGUCGGUGUCCGAGUUCGACGACUCUAUGGACUUCAUGACCCAGUUCGAGUCGUCGCCGAUGACCAUGACGGUGGACCAAGGCUGUCCGUCAUUAUCAUCGUCGUCGUCGCUUCAAGAUCUGUCUCUGUCGUCCGCAUCGUCGUUUCAGCAACCCAUGUUCCAGGAACAGCAGCAGAUGAUGAUGCCUGCGGCCAUCAACCCGUGUCUGACGAUGAAAGACUGGCCGAACCAGGAUGAUUUCCAGCGUUACUUCAACCCUACCAUGCUGGCAUGA